GCCCCGCCAUUCCCUUUGCUUAACCUUCGCGGGCGCGGCGUUUGCGGCGGAACCGGAGAGGAGGAGGGAGUCCGCACAGUUUGCGACGCCGGUCCUCCCGUGCUUCUCGUCGCCGCUGCAGAGGCCGUGAUGGGGGAUGCGCUGCUUUGAAAGUGUACGAACGGUGCUAGCUGCUCAUUGGGGUCCUUGCCUGUAACCCUGCAGCGACUCCCCCACGAACUUGUCCCGCCAAGAUGUCUAUUGGAGUGCCAAUUAAAGUCCUGCACGAGGCUGAGGGCCACAUAGUGACGUGUGAGACGAACACUGGUGAGGUAUACCGGGGGAAGCUCAUUGAAGCGGAGGACAACAUGAACUGCCAGAUGUCCAACAUCACAGUCACGUACAGAGACGGCCGAGUGGCACAGCUGGAGCAAGUGUACAUCCGAGGAAGCAAGAUCCGCUUUCUGAUUUUACCUGACAUGUUGAAAAACGCGCCCAUGUUAAAGAGCAUGAAAAAUAAAAACCAAGGCUCGGGGGCUGGCCGUGGAAAAGCUGCUAUCCUGAAGGCCCAAGUGGCCGCCAGAGGAAGAGGACGUGGAAUGGGGCGUGGAAACAUCUUCCAGAAAAGGAGAUAAUUUUCCCUCCUCCUUUUAGAUGAUCUUAGUUUGUUGGGGGUGGGUGGGUAACUGUGUGUCCUAGAUUUUUUUUUUUUUUGCCAUUUCUCAAAGAAACUGUUAAUCUAAAUAAAUCUUUUUGGUGUUUUUUUUUU